AUGGGUUAUUGUUAUAUAUUAUUAUAUAAUGAUGAUAACAAUCCAGAUAUUUUGGGAUCUUUAAGAACUGGUGGCACGGAUACAACUCCGAAUAAAGCUGUUUUGGCUCCUUGUGCUGGUGUGGAGAGAGAGAGAGUCUCAUUUACAACUUUGUGUUUCAGAAUUGCCCAAGGAGUUUAUGCUCUUGCUUUCCACUCUCAACUCUUUUUUUUAGCGAAUUAUCGCAUCAGUGAAAUGCUGGCUGUGAUUUCAAAAGACAAAUCAGCUUGCAAAGAGAGAAGUUUGGAAAAUAAGUUUAGUGAAAUUUCAGAGCAAGAGGCUUUAGACAUAAUGGCUUUGCUUCCUCUCAUCCGCCUGAUUAUAAAACAAAUAAGUUUCAGUGCAGACACAUCAAAUGAGAAAGGCACAGACUGUGGAAAAGAAAAUGAGCGUGAUUCAUUAGCUGAGACAGUGUUGAGGAUCUGGGGCAUUCAGCAUCAGCUGCGCAUCCAGAAGAUUGCUGGCUUGUUCCCAGAUCUGAAAUCCCAUUCUUCUCUCUAUUUUAAUGAAGCUCAGAGAUGCCCUUUUAUCUCAUUUAAUAAUGAACCGAUGAUAUUGGAAAUGGAGCAGGAAACUAGGAGAAGGGUCAGAGGCAGCGGGAAAGCUGUUAGUUGUGUCCUGUGCAAUUCAGUCUUGAAGCAGGUAAUUAGCUCAAACACAGGAUCUACUGUUAUCUUCUCGCUGACUGACAGUGGGCAGAAAAUCAAACCGUUUACUGGUUGUCAUGGGGAUGCUGUGUUUAGCACUGUGGCACUGGAUGCGAGUGAGACAAGGCUUUUAACCGGGAGCACAAGUGGAACCAUAAAGGUUUGGAAAGUUUGAUUUCACUGUCAUCAUAAACUUAGUGUUGGAAAGAACAGAGCAGUUGACAUCUCCCAGAUCCUGAUACUGAAGAGGAUGAUAACGGUUACAUGUUGGGACAGCCCGCUGCUGAUGCCGGUAUCCUGGGUAAGCUGGUGUAGAGUUAUUGCCAACGCUGCUGGGGAGCUGGUUGUUGCAGCCCUGGGGCUCCCUGGAAAAGGAGGAGCGUGGAAGAAGCCGUGUUUCCUGCGGAAGCUUUGCAGUACCCUGGGGAGGCAGCUGAUGGCAGGGCGUGAUGCUCCUGCUGGAGUUGGAUCCAUGAUCAUGGCUUCUGAUACAGUGAGUCAGCAUCUCCUAACAGGUGUGCUUAAGUCAUUGAAUAUUGGAGCCCUUAAAGAGAUUGAUGGCACGAAUGAGCCUGACUUUGUUCUUCUGCCUGAGAAAUACUUUAGGGAAAAGACAGAGGAGUGGAGCUCUGAAAAUCUGAGUCUUCCUAGCCUUUGGAAAUCCUUGAAAGUUGUAUUUGAUGAGAAGAGCCCAUUCCCACAAGAAAUUCAUGAUCAUGAACAAAAAGCAAGGCAACUCUGUGAGCGAGUGUGCAGUGAAG